CUGCGCCUUACCCUCCCGCGUUGUCAAGGGAACGCCCGCUAGCUCUGAGGCCCGCCCUUCACUUUGGUGCUGGCAUUUGGUCCCGCCCCCUUGCGUAAUUCAACUUCCUCUCGGGGAAGGGCCGCUUCCGUUCUCUCUGGCGCGCGGCCUAGCACUAUGGCGGCCCAGCGACCUCUGCGAGUAUUGUGCUUGGCUGGCUUCCGGCAGAGCGAGCGGGGCUUCCGCGAGAAGACCGGAGCGUUAAGGAAGGCGCUGCGGGGCCGCGCGGAGCUCGUGUGCCUCAGUGGCCCGCACCCGAUCGUGGACGCAACGGGCCCCUUGCCGGAGUCCGGGCCCUGCCCUCCAGAGGAGCAGCUUCGAGGCUGGUGGUUUUCAGAACAGGAGACAGACGUUUUCUUCGCACUAAGAGAGCCCACAGUGUGCAGAGGUCUGGAGGAAGCACUGGGAACGGUGGCACAGGCACUGAACACGCUGGGACCUUUCGAUGGGCUCCUCGGUUUCAGCCAGGGGGCUGCGCUAGCAGCCUUUGUGUGUGCCCUCGGCCAAGCAGGCGAUCCCCGCUUCCCCUUGCCAAGGUUUAUCAUCCUGGUAUCUGGUUUCUGUCCUCGCGGCCUUGGCGUCCGGGAAUCCAUCCUGCAGGGCCCCUUCUCACUGCCUUCACUCCAUGUUUUCGGGGACACUGACCAAGUAAUCCCCCGUCAGGAGAGCAUGCAGCUCGCUAGCCGAUUCACUGGAUCCGUCACUCUUACCCACUCUGGUGGCCACUUCAUUCCAGCAGCUGCACCCCAGCGCCAGGCCUACUUUAAGUUCUUGGACCAGUUUGCAGAGUGAAAGAUCAACAAAUGCCUGGGCUCCCAUAUCCCCCUUCCCACCCCCAACUGGGACACAGAAUUUGGGGUGGCCUCUGUGAUCCCUGCCCUCCCCUUUUCCCUACCCUGGAAUCUCCACUGUUGUUACUGUCCCUCACCUUCUCCAGUUAAGAAACAUAUCAAUUCUUAAAA